AUGAGGCAGAAAGGGAAGAAAGUUGCAGCACACCAAGACACCGUGCAGCAUGCACCAUCUCCCAUUCACGAGAGGCCAUCGCAGUCAUCGUCCUUUUCAAAUGGCGGCUUUGCUGCAUUAGAUUGGAAAGAGGAAUGCACCGUGCAGGAGAUUUUCAAACAGCCUCCACUUUCUGACGCUGCAGAGAAAACAGAAACGUACCGGCGUGGAGACAAAGCGCCUGCUGCCGAGGCUGACAACUGCACCGCAUUUCUUCCAGCUGCAGAGUUUAACGCCGCCGCCAGCACCACCACGACCAAUCAUAAUGCGAGCCAUCCGAACGGAGAGGACGCCGGACCCUCCACAGAAGAAGUGGAGAAGAAGAAUGCAACAACAAAACCGAAGGCACAUCAGCCGGCAAAGUUACCCCCGCAGCCCACAGCGAGGGGUUCAAGAGGGACACCGCCACUAAAAAUAUAA